AUUUUAAGGAAUCUCCAUUAUAAAAUUUAAAAAUACUUUUCCAAGCCCCCUUGGGCAAGAAAGUUCAAAGUUAGUUUUCUUAUAUGUUUUGAAUACUCAACAAAGCCCUGUUGAAAAAUGGAGAAGAAAGUCGGGAGAAAGAAGAUUAAGCACGAGAAACAGAGGCAUGAUCCAGAUGAUGAUAUUAACCCAAGGAACACUUCAAGUUCCAGGUAUUCGGAUACCAGUGGUUUAAAGGAUUACGUUUUUCACCAAAUUAUUCCAUCAUUUAUGUAUAUAUGGAAGCAUGAUCAAGAGAAAUCGUACAAACAUGUCGAUGUCCCAAAAAGGUCGGCUAAAAAUAAUAUGGACCCAAAUGAUUUCAUCAGUCAUUUGCCUGAUGACAUCCUUCACCACAUCAUUUCGCUUCUCCCUUUUAAAUCCGCUGUCCGAACCUCUUUCCUUUCAACUCACUGGAAACACCUCUGGAAAGAGGCUUUGUUGGACUCAGUCCAUGAUGUAAUAACAAUAGAAGCUGCCAUUACAGCCAUAACAAGCUUUGUUGAUGAUUUUGACACACGCCAUAGGCCUAGAAAUAAGUGGGGUCUCAUAUUUGAGUUGGGUCAUGGAAGAGGCAGCUUAGUUGCUAGCAUUUCCAGCAAUAGUUCACUUAAACUUGAUUUCUCAGCUGGUAAACAAGAAUUUCCGAUGCCUUUUGAUUUGUUUUUGAAGCUGAAUCUUGCACCGCCUAACCGAUUGUCACGUCGGUACAUGUUUGAUUGGUUGCUUGAGGAAAAUCACCCAUCGCAAAGGGAACAACCACCUUCAAACACAAUGAGGGUAAAAUCUUUGCAUCUCAUAUCAGUAAGCCACCUUUCUAAUAUGGCAGUUUCUUCUUUGGUGCCAAAGUUGCCAUUUCUUCGAAGCUUGACUAUCGCUAAAUGCAAUGGAUUACAAUCUUUACAGAUAAAAGAGGCCAAAGGGCUUCGUAAGUUAGUAGUCCUCGAUUGCCCCCAUUUACAAUCUCUCAGUUUUGAAGGCUCGUCUUUAAAAUCUUUCAGAUAUAGAGGCAACUUAGUAUCCUUUCGGUUUAGAGGGAAAUGUAAUUGUUUUCCCCUAAUUCGUUUUUGUGAGUGUGGGUUACUCUUGGAUGACGCUAUGAUUGAUAUCAGACAAGGUGCUCUAACACAGUGGACAUGGGACUUUGAGAUUGAGACUCCCUUUUCUCGUGGUCUCCGUAAAGGAAAUCAUUGUGACUGCGCCAACAAGUAUAAAUGCUUCAACUCCAUUCUGAGAAGCAUUAAGGAUGUUCAAUCUCUAACAAUGUGCAGAUGGUUUUACGAGACAACGAUGUGCAGAAAGUUACCCUUUUCGAGUAGAUGCCCCGAAUAUUAUUUGAGCGUACUAGAGCUUUGGUGGAUUGAUUGUUCAAUGGAAAGAGAAUCUAUCAAUGCCUUACUUUGCUUUCUGAAGCUUUGUCCUAACCUGAAAAGGCUUAAUAUCACUCUUGAUCCAAAAUGCUAUAACUUACCCAGCACUGGAAAGUUCUCAACUUCAGUCAUUGUUCCUGAUAAGCUCGAUGAUCUCAAAGUUGUGAAAAUAGAAGGAUUUGCAAAUGAAGAAAAGGAGAAUUUCAUGGCAAGGCGACUCAUACCUUUAUUUGGAGAAAAGAAUCCAGUCAUUAUAUCCAAACCAAACGGAAAAUGUUUGAAGCAUUUGGUAAAAAUGGCAAAGCUGGAGAAGAAAGGGAAGUAUCCUUACAAGUUCGAAAUGGUUGAAAAUGUUGAUGAAAAUUUUCCAGAUCAUGUUCAUAUUAAUAUCUAAUUUCCAGUCAAGAAUAGCAAAUUUAAGUUCUGUAAAUAGUGAUCAUAAGAUUGGUUUUUGUUGGAAAUUAAGUUUCUUUUGAUUUACUGUUAGAAAUUAAGUUAUUUUUUCAGAAAAA